UCCCUCUGUGUCUCUUUCUUUCUUUGUGUUUGGCUCUGUGAAAGCUAGAAGAAGAGGGAGAGAAAGACAGAGACAGGGAUCCAGACACAAACAGAGGUUUUCUUUUCCUUUCUCUGUGUCUGCUUCACUCUCUGUCUCCGGAAAAUUCUGUGUUCUCAAAGUGGCUUUGCAUGAAACAGAAUUCUCUGUUUCAUAUUCAUUCCAAUGAAGUAUAUUCGGAGCAAUAGCUUCAAGCGUCUCUUCUCCUUCAAGCGACGCAGUUUUGGGGAACAAGUUUUGACCCCUGCAGGCGCAGAAACUCCUGGAAGACCCACUUGGAAAUGCUUCUCUUAUCAAGAACUAUUUGAUGCCACCAAUGGCUUCUGCUCUGAGAAUCUGGUUGGAAAAGGAGGGCAUGCAGAGGUUUAUAAGGGAAGAUUAGAGGAUAAAGAGGAAAUCGCAGUGAAGAGGCUAACAAAAAGCUGCAAUGAUGAGAGGAAAGAGAAGGAAUUUCUAACAGAGAUUGGAACAAUUGGUCAUGUUUGUCAUUCAAAUGUUUUACCUCUUCUUGGUUGCUGUAUUGACAAUGGACUUUACCUCGUUUUUGAGUUUUCCUCUAGAGGCUCUGUAGCUUCUCUUCUUCAUGAUGAGAAUAAGCCCGCCAUGGAAUGGAAAGUAAGGCAUAAAAUUGCUCUUGGGACUUCACGUGGCCUCCAUUACUUGCACAAGGGUUGCCAGAGAAGGAUAAUUCACAGAGACAUCAAGGCCUCCAACGUUCUUUUGACUUCAGAUUUUGAACCACAGAUAUCUGAUUUUGGACUUGCGAGAUGGCUUCCUUCACAGUGGUCUCAUCAUUCCAUUGCCCCAAUUGAAGGCACAUUUGGGCAUUUGGCUCCUGAGUAUUACCUGCAUGGAAUUGUGGAUGAGAAAACUGAUGCAUUUGCAUUUGGGGUGUUUCUGUUGGAACUCAUCUCUGGGAAGAAACCUGUGGAUGGAUCAAACCAGAGUCUACACAAUUGGGCUAGGCCAAUAUUGAAGAGAGGAGAGCUAGAAAAAUUGGUGGAUCCAAGGCUUGAAGGAGCUUAUGAUGUUUCAGAGUUAACAAAGCUUGCUUUUGCAGCCUCUCUGUGUAUCCGACCAUCUUCCACUUGGAGACCUACCGUGACUCAGGUAUUAGAGAUGAUGGAGGAGGGAGAAAUAGAUAAAGAUAAAUGGAAAAUGCCAGAAGAAGAAGGGGAAGGAGAAGAUCAGGAGGUUUGGGGUUUUGAGGAUUUGGAAUAUGAAUGUGAUAGUUUCUCCUCAGUGUCCCUCCCUGACUCCAUUGCAAGUAAUUAGAUGAAAAUCUUGUUUGUUACUAUAUA